AUGACGCAGUCAUGCUCUUUCCACGGCAGCAUGCCAGUUCCAAGGCAUGGUACUCCUCCGGGUGAUGCCGCUCAAGCCCUGUCGGGAGCUUCCCGAAAACAUCCGGGGGUGUCAGAUCUAGCUUUGUUAGGGGUUUUUUUGGCUUUUUUCCCCACGGGGUUCCUGGCGCGGUGUCCCCUCGGCCCCGGCGGCUGCUCCGAGCCGCUGCGCCCCUCGCCCGCCGCCCACCCCUGCGCUACUCACGGCGGGGAGCGCAGCCCCUGCUCCCGCGGGAUCCUUGGAGCCGGCGGCGUCCUUGGAGCCGGUGGCCUCCGGAGCGCCUUCCGCUUCCCGGUGGGAACUUCACCAGAUUGCCGCAACUUCUCAAAUAUGACAGAUAGUGGCUUAGCCACUUCAUCCACCAGUUCCCUCAAGAAUGUGUCAGCCCUGGGUCCAUAUAACCCUUACAUUCUCAAUACUGAGAAAAUAAUUUCAGAUUUCAAGAUUCUGAUUUCUGAGUUGGAGCAUUCCACAAAGACAUCUGCUGAAGCACUCUCCAUCUGUGAGGAGCAUAUCACCAGUUUGCAUCAACAGCUAUAAGAAACCAACAAAGAACUCACACAGACCAACAAGAACAGAGUAUGAUUAGCUCAGGAGAAUGACAGGUUACAGGAGCAUCUCUCUAAUAUUAAGCAAGAAAUUCAGGUACUACAUAAAAAACUAGCAAAGUACCAAAACAAUCUUGAUUAUAUGAAGUUGAAGGCCCAGGAUUCAAACACAGAUACACUCAGGCUGAAGAAUGUACUGAAGUCUAAGGAGAGAGAGAACUGUGAGCUCUUGGAGAAUUACCACAAGGCCUGUGAACAAAGAGAAAGUUGGGAAGCAAAAUGCUGUCAAGCAGAAGCAGGCUUUUCCUCUGUUAGACUGGCACUGAUCAGGUUGAAAGAGAAAAUAGAGUCCCUUGGAACACAGAUAGAGCAACAUUUGCCAACAGAAGCAGCAUACAAGUCUCAUAUUUCUGUGUUAAGCAAGUCUCUUCUGAAAAUGGAUAGAGAGCUUCAAAAUAUACAUGGGAGAGUCCCUAUACUUGCAAAUCUCACAUCUAUACAAAAACUUUACAUUAAAUUAGGGAGUCAACGAUUAAAUUAGCAUUUAACUUCCACAGCAGAAAAAGUAGAAAGGGUGCAGAGUAAGUGUGAGUCAUCCCAUUCUGAAACAGAGCUGCUGAGAAAACAAGUGGGAAAUGAAAGAGCAUCUAUGAAAAACCUGGAAUCUUUGCUUGUGUCCAGUUGUGAGAAAGAAUUUCAGUCACAGAUAGCAAAGCAAGAGAAAGACUCUGAAUUUCAGUUUCUCAAGGAACAGCUUGCUUUAGAGAAAAAUCAUCUUGCUGUGCAGAGUCAAGAUUUUACUCACCUCAGAAAUAGAGCAGCUGAGCUUGAGGCAGAACUGGAUAUCACCAAAAGACAGCUGGAGAGUGAAUGCUUUGAAAGGCAAGUAUAUGUUUUUAAGCUUCAAUGCCAGAAUUGUACAAAUUUGUAUCAGUUAAGCUCUACAUUAAGAACAUCAUCACCUGAACAUUCCCAUCCUCGAUCUCCUCAUCGGUCUCUGAACUGGCCCCUGGAAGGCUACACGCUCCAACUAUCCCGCCACCUCCAACAGUCUUUAAGUCGCUCCAGCAAAAACCUGGAGAUGGCUCGUCGCUACCUUCAGCCACUACGGGUGGGCGAAGUGGAAAGGAAAGCCGAGGCGGAAAACGGUGAAAUCGGCCCCUCACAGCGCCCGUUCCGCUCAUUCUCCUCACACCCGGCGCGGUCAGUGUUGUGCCCAGGCGGAAAACACCUGGGCGCCGCACCCCGCCCGCCCCCGGGGCAGCGCGGCCGGCCCGCCUCGCCUUUGGCCCCGCGGCCGCGGGCGGGCCCUGCGCCGCAGGUGGCGGCGGGGCUGGCGGGAGGAGCGGGGCAGGGCCGCGGGCAGGUGGCGGCAGGUCCGCGGCUCGGAUGGGUCGGUGCCGCCCGAUCCUCCCGCUCCCCGUGGCCUCCCGGGCGCUGCCGGCCGCGGGCACCGCUCCCCUGCAGGCACCGCUCCCCUGCGGGCCGCCCGGGCCGCCAGGGCUGCGCCGCCUCGCCCCUCUUGCGGGCUCCAGGUGAGUGA